AAAAAAAAAGGACGAUGGGGUUGGCGCGAAGACGAGGAAAAAUUUAAGACGACAAAAGGGAAGGCAGGUGAAGAACAUUUCCCACCUCUCUUUCCCAAAAUUCCUUUACGUUCGUUGAAAUGGUAAGACGAAUACGCCAAGAAGUUUCGAUUCUGCUUCUCUUUUCUCCUUCUUAUUGCUUCCUGUUUCGUCAUGGAAAACGACCCACAUACCAUCCACCCAUAAUUGCUUCUGUUUUAAGCUUUCAUUGGAUCUUUCCCUGACUGUUUUGAAUCUCCGCGACGAAUUCGUUUCCAGGCUUCUAGCUAUGGGAAGCAUCAUGUCUGAGAUUAACUUGAAGGACUUUUUUGUUCCCAACUACAUUUUAUCUCUUGGAUCAGAGGUGGAAAGAGUUAGCCAUCCCCCUGUUUGUCCAGUAAUUGUUUUCAUUAACUCCAAAAGUGGCGGUCAGCUUGGAGGUGAACUCCUUGUGAGAUACCGUUCUCUUCUCAAUAAAAAUCAGGUUUUUGAUCUGGGAGAGAGUCUUCCUGACAAGGUGCUACAUCGACUUUAUCAUAACCUUGGCAUGCUCAAGGACAAGGGAGAUCUCUUGGCUGUUCAUAUCGAAAAGAAUCUUAAACUAAUUGUUGCGGGUGGAGAUGGUACUGCAAGCUGGCUUCUUGGGGUAGUUUCUGAUAUGAGACUGCCUCAUCCACCUAAAAUUGCUACAGUACCAUUGGGAACUGGAAACAACCUUCACUUUUCCUUCGGCUGGGGAAAGAAAAAUCCCGGCACAGACCGUGAAUCCGUUGAAUUAUUCUUGAGUCAAGUAAGGAGUGCAAAAGAAAUGAAGAUUGAUAGCUGGCAUAUUCUCAUGAGAAUGCGAAGUCCGAAGGAAGGUUCUUCUGAUUCUAUUGCAUCUCUUGAGCUGCCUCACUGUUUGCACGCAUUCCAUCAGGACGGUUGGCAUCUAUUUCGUGGUGGAUUUUGGAAUUACUUCAGCAUUGGAAUGGAUGCUCAGGUAUCAUAUGCUUUUCAUUCCGAGAGAAAGUUGAAUCCAGAAAAUUUUAAGAAUCAAUUAACUAAUCAGAAAGCAUAUUUGAAGAUUGCUUGUAAACAAGGAUGGUUUGUUUCUCCUUUAUGUCAUCCUCCUUCCAGGAACAUAGCAAAUCUUGCAGCGGUGAAGAUUAUGAGGAGGGAAGGUAUCUGGGAGGACCUCGUGAUUCCCUCAAGUAUGAGAUCUAUAAUUUGUCUCAAUUUGCCAAGUUUUUCUGGUGGACUUGAUCCUUGGGGAGAUCCAAGCAAAAAUAAAUUACAUGAUAGUGAUCUAACUCCUCCAUAUGUGGAUGAUGGGCUUAUUGAGAUCGUUGGUUUUAGAAACGCUUGGCACGGGCUCGUCCUGCUUGCGCCAAAUGGACAUGGAACUCGUCUUGGUCAGGCAAGAAGAGUUCACUUCGAGUUUCAUAAAGGUGCAAUUAACCACACGUACAUGAGAAUUGAUGGGGAGCCAUGGAAGCAACCCCUUUCUGUGGAAGAUGACAAAGUAGUGAUAGAAAUUAGUCAUUCUGGUCGAGUCGACAUGCUCGCCAACCUACCGUGCAGAGCUAAAAGUGUGCACGACCCUUCUUCAACUCACAAUUAUGGCAACAGAGAUUAUUAUAUCAACAGGGACGAUAAAUUUGCAGAAGAACAUGUGGUGGUAAAGAAGUUUGGUGCAGCUUCUACGUUUAAGUUUGUGGACGACAGGGACAUAGUUCAUUAUCAUCAAUAGGUACACAGACGUAUUGAGUUAUCUUAAUUUUGGUUUUUGGUGUAUAUGAAUGAUUAUGAUUUGAGAUAGAUUGAUUGAUGAAUGAAGUAGUUGCUUCAGCUGUAA